AUGAUAAGUGGUUUAGAGAAUUAUUAAAAUGGCACCAAUUACGGAGGAGGCGGUGUUUUUCAUAUUACAGCCUACAAACUUUAUGCUAAUAUCUUCAAUGUUAGUUUUUAAGACAUUUCUGGUUCAAGUUAUGGAUAUGGUGGUAUAUUUCAUUUUGUUGGGAAUUAAUCCAUAGAGAUUAAUAUUACUAAUUGUUAUGUAUUUGAUGCAACUACCGAGCAGAUGGGUUAAAUAAUCUAUGGAUAUUCUUAGAAAGAAAUUACAUUGAAUCUUAAUAAUAAUACGUUCAUUGGUGUGAAUUACACAUUUAGCACUGUGUAUGAUAUCGGAACUUAUAUGCAAACUCAAUCUCUGAAGACUCCGGGAUUUUUCUUAAUAUCGAGCAGUUAAAAAGAAAUUAGGAUUUAUUCGAAAAAUAACACUUUCAAGAAUUUCGUUUUUGCUGGAUCAACAGGAAACAAUGCAGCUGGAGGAGUGUUCAGUUUGCUUUAGAAUACAUAUUUCGAUGAUUUUAACUCAACUUUCUAAUAUAAUGCGGCAAUUUAGGCAGGCUCUUUUUUCUGUUCUAAUUGUUCAAUCAAACUGAAUUAUACAAGGACAGAUUAUUCAAUCUCAGAAUUUGGUGGAUUCAUAUAUGUUGAUGAAAUUGGAGGAAGAAUUGAAAUUUACAAUUCAAUAAUUAGAAAUAGCUAUUCCUAAGACUCAGGAGGAUUUAUAUUUUUCUCAUAGGGUAUUUUGUAUGAUGAUUCUUCAGAAUUUAUAUUUAAAAAUGUAAGUUUUUCGAAUACGGGUUCAUAUUUUGGAGGAGGCCUAAUAGCUAUCAAUUGUGAGUAUUGUAGAAUGUAUUUUGAUUUGUGUAACUUCACUAAAUCUGCUGUUGCAGGUCUAGACUUUGGAAAAGGAACUUUUAAUGAUGGAGGAUUUUUUCAUAUAAGUGGCUUGGCUUAUCUAGAAAUAAAGAAUAGCAGGUUUGUUGAUUUAGAUACUUAACAAGUUUUGGAUGUUUUCAACAACCUAACAUAAUCAAUAAAAGUGUCCUCUUAAUAUCAAUAAUUGUAUGGAAGUAUCAUAUUAUAUGCAGAACUUAAUACAAAGAUGAAGAUCUAGUUGUCAAAUAACUUAAUUUCUUUCUCCACUACUAACAAGAUAUCAGAUUUCAUUAAUGGCCUUAGAAGUAAUCUAGAAGAUCAGGAAAAGAUAAACAACACUUACUAAUCUUUAUUUAAAAUAAAAUGCUAAAAUAGAUCAAACUGUAUUUUAAAUUAAACUAAUUCCACUUUGAUGAAUAACUUCAUUGGAGAUACAGGUUCAAUUUUUAACUUGCAAAACAUUUAAUUCUUUGAUUAAAACUCUCAUUAUCUCUAAAAUGGGGCUAUCAAUGGUGGAAUUAUAUAUGCUUAAAAUUCAAAUCUAACAUUUGACAGCAACACUUAUAACUAUAAUUUUGCAUUUUCUGGAGCGAUAGCUCAAAUUUCCGACGAUAAGACAUCAUUUCAGCUCAUUUCAUCCUCAUUUGAACAUACUUUUGCAAUGAAUUCAGGAGGAUUAGUUGCUUUUGAUAAUGAAAAUGUAGAUUUGAUCAUAAAAAAUUGUAGAUUUAACAAUCAUACAGCUUACGAAUAAAACGGAGGAGUGUUAAAUAUCUUAAAUGCUUAAUAUAUAAUUCUUGAAGAAAAUAAUUUUCAGCUUGUUUAUGCUCGCAAUUAAGGUGCUUUAAUGUUCGCUUCUUCAAUAUCCAUAAAAUCAAUCAAACUUCUAAGUAACUAUAUCAGAUGUUAACCUAACUAUGAGAGACAACACAUUUUGGAUUCUUUGGCAGAGGGCUCUAGUAUUGAAAUAUAAGCACAAAAUACCUUCUAUAUUUCAUAAGUGGUAAAAAUAACCUCACAAUUCAAUGAAUUUACCUAAUGCAACUUCAAGCAGAUCGGAGGGGUAUUUUACUUGGAUAGAUCUACAUUCUCAGAUAAGAAUUCUCAGUUUACAUACAAUAGUGCCAAAAGUGGAGGGGUAAUUGCUUGCACUUAAUGUCAAUUGCACUUAACAGACACAAUCUUUGAAUUCAAUAUGGCUUAUUAAGGUGCCGUUAUAACUUUAGAUAACAUUGCCUCUCUUUAUGGAUCAUAUCUCUAAAUGUCAAACAAUUACGUAAUUGAAUCUGCUGGGUGCAUCUUAGCAAGAACUAAUUCUCUAUUUGAAAUUACAAAUUCUAAGUUUUAUCUGAACACUGCAGAGAAUUCAAAUUCAGUCAUUUAAGCUUUGGGUACAAACUAACUUGUACUACAAUCAUGCUAAUUUAUUAAUAAUACUGCCAAAUCUAACACAUUCUCAAUUCAAUAUGCAAAGAUUAAGAUAAUAACCAGUAGUUUCCUGAAUAAUUAUGCAACUUCUUCUUCAAAAAAUAUAUUUCUUGGAUUUUCUGAUGUGGUCAUUUAAGGAUGCAACUUUUAGGAAUUCCAGGUAUCUUUGAAAAAAAAUAUUUCAACUAAGGACUAUCAUUUCGCUUUAUUGAAAGAAGACUAAACUACUGGUGCAUUUAUAAACUGUAUUCUAAGUGUUUAGCUUAAGAUAUCAAAUUCUCAAUUCAAAUAUGGAUCUUCAAGCAACGGAGGAGCAAUAUAUGUUUCAGGAGAUAAUUCUAAAAAUAAUGAAACUGCAGAAAAUGGUGGAGCGAUAGUAUGUCUUGAUUGCUAUGGAUUUCAUUUAUAAGACUCGACAUUUUAAAAUUUGAAAGCAUUAUAAGGAGGAUGUAUAAGCUUUGUUUAAACUAGCAAUAGUAGAUAAGGUUACCUAUACAUGAUUAGGAAUUCGUUAUUUGAAGGCUGUACUGCUAGUAGGUCUUCAGGUGGUGCAAUUUCAUUAUUAAAUACUUAGCUAAUGGAAAUUACUGAUUCUUAAUUUAUUGGUAAUUAGAGUCCUACAAAUGGUGGUGCAAUUUAUUAUUAAUGUGAUUUAUCAGCCUCGGAAUCAUGCACGCUUAAUAUUAAUAAAACUAAUUUUUCAAGAAAUAAAGCAUUGAUCUCAGGUGGCGCUAUUUACUGGGAAGAUGUCGAACCUAAUUUUUUACAAAAGGUAACAUUCAAAGAUAAUUUAGCUGGAAUUUAUGGUAAUGAUAUCGGUGCAUUUGCUUAGAAAAUAGCCUAAAUAACUGAAUCUUAAUUACAGACAGCAAGAGGUGAGAAAUAAGAUGAAAGAAAUAGAAUUCUUUAGGAAAUUAAGACUUAAAAUGAACUAUCAUCAGUAAGAAGUGGCUAAACAAUCCCAACCUUCUAUCUUGCUCUUGUUGAUAAAUAUAAUCAAAUAGUAAAAAUUGAUGAUUCUAGUAAAUUAACAGUUAGAGUUGACACUUAAUUUACUGAAGGAAAUUAAUAAGCUUUAUAAUAUGCUCCUGUAGUGUAAGGAUAAUCAUAGUUUGUGUCAUAAAAUGGAACUUUCAAAGUUUCAGAUAUUAUUUUCAUUGCAACCCCUGGUUAUUCAUUUAGAAUAUCUUUUUCAUCUGAUGGGAUAGAUAAGACUAAGCCCUCAAAUUAAAAAUAUUUAGAAGAUUUAAAGGAUAAAAAUCAAACUGAUAUUAAUUUUAACCUUGAAUUAUAGUUAAGAGAAUGUGAGAUUGGUGAGUGUAACUUAUGUUAAAAUAAGACAUCCUACAAUUUGAUUAAGUAAACUUCUCCAGGCUAAUGUUAAGAAUGCCCAACAGAUAAAGCUGUGUGCUUAGGUGGAUCAAAUAUUGGCCCAUAGCCAAAUUAUUGGAGAAAAAGGGUCUUACAAGUGAAGAAAAUGAUCCAAAAGGUUCAUGUUAUGAAGGCUAUCAAGGAAUAUUAUGUGCAGAUUGCUGGGAUGGAUAUAGUAGAACAGGAGAUUUUGAAUGCUAGAACUUCAAUUGGAGUAGGAAUAGGCAUGGUAUUUUUGAUUAGAUCUACUCUAAAAGGAGCAACUUAAAAAAAGAAUAUUUUGUCAAUUUUCACUAAGAUUUUACUAAAUCACCUACAGUUGCUUUUGAUAUCCUCUUCGUUUAACUUCUAAUGGCCUGAUGCUAUCACUUAAUUUUACAGUUCAUUUAAGCCAGUCUCAUAGACAGCUCAAUAAAUUAUUUCUAUUGAUUGCUUUUUGAGUGGAACUGAUCCUGAAAAUAUUAAAAAAGAUGAAUAUGGAAAGAAGACUACCUUUAUUUAUGGAUUUGAAAGGAUUAUUUAUGUUAAGUUAUUCUUUAUGGCUUUGUUGCCAAUAAUCCUAUUUAUCAUCUGCUAUGGCUCUUGGGCAAUUAUAUCAUGUAGAAAAAGAGAUGAGUAACUUUUAAGAACUAGAGCUAUAUCAUCAGUUGUUAUUUUAUUUUUCUUUGUAUACUCUAACAUUGUUACUUAAAUGUUGGAUGCAUUUAACUGUAUUAACAUUGAUGGAGAAUCUCGGUUAAAAAAUGAUUUAGAGAUUGUAUGCUAUUAAGGUACUCAUAGAUAUAUGAUAUUUGGAGUCGCCUUACCAGCUCUACUUGCUUGGGGUUUAGGCAUUCCAUUUUUUGCAUCUUAGCUGAUAUUUUAGGAAAGGCAUAAACUUGAUUCAUUGGAAACUAGAUCUAAGUAUGGUUUUCUAUAUAGAGGUUACAAAAAGAAAUUCUAUUAUUGGGAAAGUGUUAUUAUGUAUCGCAAAACAAUUUUGAUUUUUAUCUCUGUCUUUUUUAUUCGCUAUGGGGUAAUUGUCUAGGCUCUUGUAGUGCUUUUGCUUUUAAUUUUCGGAAUCACGAAGUAACUUAUUUUGAAGCCAUAUUAAACAAUGGAAUUAAAUCUCCUAGAGCUUUUGUCAUUGUAUGCAUCUAACAUUACAAUCUACAUUGGCAUAUUUUUUAUCAUCAAUACAUUGAAAGAGAAUGUAAUCAAGAAAAUGCCAUGGAUAUAUUUGAACUUUUUUGCUUGUGGUAACCGUUAAAAAUUCAAUCUAAACAGGGCUAAGGCAUUUAUCAAAGAAGAAAAUGAGAUACUUAGAGAAGAAUACAUGAAUAAAAGGCUGCUUGAAAACAUUGGCAUUAAGAACAUAGAUGAAGAUUCACUUAAGCAUUAAACAAUUAUUAGAAAAAUGAGAAAAGAACAAGAUAAGUUACUUCAUACCUUUCUAGAUAAUUCAGCUGAAGGUCCAGAAACUGCAAAAAGCAUUUAAUAAUAGAAAAAUAUUAAGAAAAUGAUAGACUUUAUUGAGUAUGAUACUGAGAAAGUGAGAAGAAAUGAAAGAAUCGCUUAUUAACCAGAAACUUUUUGCGAGUCUAACUUCAAAAGCAACUCCUUACAUUAGCUGAACUUGGAGAGAAUUACUAGUUCAUAGAUUACAAGAAAGCCUAGCCAAAAUAACUAAACAUAUACAGAUAAGAAUUUCACUUUAAGCUAAAACAUGAUUAGAGAUACUCCUUCUAAUAGCAAUAUGAGUUAAAACCCUUUAAUUUACGAUGAGCAAUCUUAAAGACAUAAAUUAUCUGAAGAGAUCGAAAAUGAGCAAACUAAGUAUUAAUAUCUCUCAAGUCGAUAGAUGUUUUUAGAUCUUGAGGAUUCUUAAAGAUAACUAAAUACUUAAAGACCUAGUAGUCACAAAGUCUAUCCAAUCUCUGAAAAUGAAGAAAAUGAUCUUCUCUCAUUAGAGUUAAUGAGUGAGGAGGAAUAAGUUGAUAAGUUUUAAAAUCAGAUAUCAAAAGUUAAUGAUCUUAUAAAGUCGACUAUUGAAGAAGAUAACAACUUACAUAUUUUAAAGGUAAAAAGAAAUUGGAAUAGAAGUAAAAGAUUCGGGAAAAACAGGAUUGAAAAUAGGACUAAAAUAAACAAGCAAAAUAAAAAUGAAAUAGCCAAGUAAAAUGAUUUAAAGGAGCAUUAAGAUCUUCAUAAGACUCUGAUGUAGAGGAAUUAAGGCUUAGGAUAUAAAUCUGUUGAAAAUUUGAAAGUUUAGAUGACUAUAUUAAUCGGGGAUAAAAUCUAAAAUGAAGAAAAGCAGAUGGUUUAAGAGAAAAAUAAAUAAAAGAAGAUUUUCAACUUAAAUCAUCAAAAUUAGAGUGGAGAAGAUUAUCUUGAAUAUUUUGAAAAUAGCUAAGAAAACAAUGAUACAGAUAAAGACAUUGAUAUUCAAAUAGUUAAGAAGAAUCUAAAUACAAAGUCAGAUGAAGAUGAAAACGAAAUGCAUUAAAAUUUGAAGAUAAAUGAAGUGAGUGCUUCAUUUGUUAUAAACGAGGAACUCUCUAAAAUAUGA